ACGGAGUGUCCAAUAGGUGGGGGUGUCGCGGGUGCCGCUGCUGCAGGAAGUGAGCCGGUGUUUGGUCGCUCCAGUUCCGGGGGCCGGUGAUGGAUCGGUUCGUGUGGGCGAGCGGACUCUUGGAGAUUAACGAGACCCUGGUGAUACAGCAGCGCGGAGUCCGCUUGUACGACGGUGAUGACAAGGCAAAAUUUGACUUAGGGACACUUCUUCUUAGUACACACAGACUGCUAUGGAGAGACCAUAAAAAGCAUGAUUGCUGCAUCGCUUUAUCUUUGUCACAGAUCAUUUUCUUUGAGGAACAGGCAGCUGGAAUAGGAAAAAGUGCCAAAAUAGUAGUUCAUCUUCAACCGGUUUCUCCCAACAAAGAGCCUGGCCCAUAUCAAAGUAGCAAAUACUCUUACAUCAAGUUGUCUUUCAAGGAACAUGGACAGAUUGAGUUUUAUAGACGAUUAUCAGAAGAAUUGUCUCAAAAGCGAUGGGAGCGAAUUUCAGUAUCUCAACCGAUGCAGUCACCCAGUAGAUCACAAGCAGGAAAAGUGAGGGCUGCUGGAAUUGUGGGUAUUGAAAGGAAGUUGGAGGAAAAACGAAAGGAGACCGACAAAAACAUCUCUGAAGCUUUUGAAGAUCUCAGUCAACUUAUGAAAAAGGCCAAAGAGAUGGUCGAUUUGUCAAAAUUAAUAGCAAACAAAAUCAAAGAUAAGCAAGGUGAUAUUUCUGAAGAUGAGGGUACACUACUUGAUGAGUUUGUGGAACAAUUCAGUCUGUCGCAUUGUCUUGCUCUGUGUCAAUGGCCCUGGAUUCACAUUAGGCUACAUCAAACUAUCCGUUUCAAGUCCUAUUUGCUGAGCAUGGGCAUAGCUAAUCCAGUUACUAGAGAAACACAUGGAUCUGGAACACAUUACCACAUGCAAUUGGCUAAACAGCUGGUGGAAAUGUUGCAAGUGCCAGUUGAGGAACAAGGUGGAAUGAUGGCACUGACAGAGGUUUAUUGCUUGACAAACCGAGCUCGAGGGAUGGAGCUUCUUUCACCAGAAGAUUUGGUGAAUGCUUGCAAAAUGUUUGAGGCCCUGAAUCUACCAAUGAGGUUACGUAUUUUUGAUAGUGGAGUGAUGGUGGUUCAGUUACAGUCCCACAAUGAGGAUGAAAUGAUUGCUUCAGCUGUGGAGACAGUAUCAGAGAAAGGUUUUAUUAGUUCUGAGGAGUAUGCUAAGCUUAUGGGAAUUUCUGUACUCCUGGCCAAAGAAAGGCUACUACUAGCAGAGAAAGUUGGCCACCUGUGUCGUGAUGACUCUGUUGAAAGCUUGCGAUUUUACCCGAAUUUGUUUCUGACGGAAGACUGAAAAUUCACACGUGAAAAUCUUUUUGGUAUUUUGCUUGGAACCCCAUGAUGUAUCACAGAAUUACUGGAUCACUAUUGACUUCAGGAUGUUGUGCAUUAGAAUUCAGGCUUCACAACAAGCAUAUCAUAGAAAAGCACCACCAGUGAUAAUGAAAAGGAGGUCAAGGGUCUACUUCACAUGUGUUCAGGGCUUAAGCAAAAGCCCUGGACUGAACUAUUUGAGUUGAAUAGAAUUGAAUUAUUUUGUCACAUUGUACAACUGGUUUACUUCUGGAUUUAAACCUGAUGAAAACACACUAAUGGAAUUUAAUUAAAAUCUGUAAUCUAAAAUCUCCACAACUUUGAAUUCUUAGCUUGGGAGUGUAUUAUCAUUUUGUCAAUGACGCUGUUAUGAUAAUGGAAGUCCUUUUUCAGGUUCCAACAGCAACCUAUGUCAAAGUUUCCUUUAAUUUUAUUAUAUCAAAAUCAUCUCUGACAAUACUUGUAGAUUUUUUCAAUUCUCAGUCAUCAUCAAAAUACAAUUUUGCCUUUACUGUUUUCACAUUUCUUUCAGGUUCACAUUUUUGAGCUCUUCCCUGAUUUAACUGUGAUUUGUUCAGUUUUGGUUUUCUCCAUCUGUUUAAUGUUUGUUGCACUUCAUUUAUUGAUGCAUUUCCCUAUCAGUUGUAUUAUAUUUUGCCACUGCUUUCAAUGUCAUACAUUUUAGAACAUGUAAUGAAAAGGUUAUGCAUGGUCAGAAAAAAGCCACUAAGAUGGUAGAAUCAAUUGGAAGGCUGUGGGAGAAAUGUUUCAGAUAUUCGUAAUCAAAGGAAUGGGAGGACAUAGAUGAAAAGGAAGUGCUACACAGUACUUCAGUCAAGCUAAAGCACUGGGGAUUGGGAGGUGUUGGAAGAAAAAAGGAAAACACAUACAGAAAUAAAACAUGGCCCAGAUUCUGUCAGAGACGUUUAGAUCCAGCAAAGGAUCUUUUGAAUCUCCAAAAUCCUGCGUAAAUGUCAUUGUUCAACCUGUGCUCAAUUAAAAACAAUAUGUAAUUUGGUUGUAGCUCGAGAACAUUUGGGUUAAACUUUCAAUUUGGCAGGCUAUGGAUUUUAAAAGAUGAAAUGAACGCAAGAACAAAAUAUUUUUUGGUCGGUUCCAAAUUAGUUAGUUAUGAUAUCUCAAUGAUUCAUGUUCUAAUUUGUAAUUAUUUGGUGCCUGAUUUGAAUUUACUAGCUUUUCCAGAUUAGGAAUUUGUGGAUUUGAUAUUGUUCUUAUAAUAUUUAACUAAUGAUUAGAAACAACAUUCAAAAAGACAAAUGGAUAUGGGCCAGCGAGUUACUUGAGCCGAAGGCAAAACGUGGUUGUGGCCAACUAAGGUGGGCUUCAAUAGGAUCAGUCAGUAAAUUAUAUAAACUGGAUAACCCAAUUAGAGCAGGAACAUUACAUCAUGCACGAUAGAUUAAGACCGGCAUAUUUAACUUGCAAUUCUAUGCUCACUUGUAACGCUUCUCCUACCAGUGAGAACUUGCAAUCAGUCCUCAAGACUCAGGAAAUUGUUUUUUUUCUAUUAGUUUUUUUUUCACUACUUCAAUUUUGUAGGCCAAAAUAUUUGAAAGAUGUUUUAUUUGUUAAUAUUAGCAACUUGAGAUAUAUCCUAAUUAAUGGCACAUGGGUUUAAAGCUAAUAGGUAGCUGAUGAGAUUCCCUCACACAUAUUAAGUCACCCUUGCUGAACCCUACUUACCCAAGGUAAUCUUAUGAAUCUGUGCUAUCAGCAGGGAGUCUAGCCGCCUUGCUUGGCAGAAAGGAAAUUUGGGGUUAUGCAGUCCAUGAUUUUUCCAACCAGGUGUUCAGUGGACAGUAGCAACAGGAAAUUUGUAUGUGCUUCUCUUGGGCAUUGCUGCCAUAUGUAGUGUGAACUCAAAUUUGAACCUAUUAUAUAAAUGAUAUCAUCUUACACUCCCAGUUUAUUGUGAUGCAUUGUAUUUAUUGUGGAAAGCUGGAUAUUUGUGUCGCAAUUUGGAUGUAUUGAUUUCAGUGAUAAGCAUUUACUGUGCUCUACUGUGGGGGGAGGAAUGUCUAAAAUUGACAGAAUAGUGAAAGGAAGAGAGGGGAGGGAUACCUUAGAUCCAUAAAAUAGAAAUUUGCAUUUGCUACUACUUAUUUGCAUGUUAAUUCUGUGUUUUUUUGAAGUUCUUGCCUAGAGGAUUUCUAACUGAAGCAUUAGAGAUUGGAGCUCACUACCCAGAAAAUUACAUUAGUUAUCAAAUAAAAACUGAUACAAUUACCUUGUACUACAAGCAUCUUUCACACUGGUGUGUGCCACCAAACUUGGAGAUAUAGGCAGCUUUUUUAAAAAAUUUAUUUGCAGCUUUAUUUUAAAUUGUAAUCACAGAUAAAAUCUGUUAAAUCUAUUUCCAUUGGUCUUUUUAUGAGGGAAGGCAUUUGUAUUAAGGAACGAAAGAGAAGCAAAAUACUGCACAAGCAAAACAAAUUAUAAUUUUCAAUUUCUCAAAAAGUAGUUCAUUUUUGUAACGAGACUUUUAGGUGUUUAAGCAUUUGGGUUCUGUAAUGAUAAAAGCAGUUCUCAUCUGUGAGCAGUUGUUAGUGUCUACUUGUAUCUUUAGUUGAAUUUUGGGACACACUGCAAUUAUGUGCUAAGGAGUGUAGUUGUUGGAGCUGUUAUCUGUUUAAAUUGAUAAUAACACAAAGCUAGGAAAAACUGAUUCAAAAUGAAUAAGCCUCAAGUGACACUAUCAAACCCCUUCCACAUACAAAUUCAUGGCUACAUAAACACUGAUUAAAAGUAAUUUGUGUUGCUUCUAAUUAAAUGUUUUGGAAGAAAAUGGUUAAAUAUGUUGUUGGGAACAGAGAUUAAAAGUUCUCAUGAUAAGUAUAAAUGGAAAACAUGAAAAGACCAGGAAUAGACCAAAUGAUCCAUCAUUUCUGUUCCAUCAAAGUAUUGUGCAACCAUCAUUUAACAUCAACCCAACUCUUCUCCAGAUUAUUCCAUGAGAGAGGCAGAAAGUUUCUCCAACCAGUUUAGGAAAGAGAGUCUGAAAAAUCCCAUUCCCAAAAGUAAACUAACUUCAGGAGACUGCAACUUCUGAUAUUGCUUGCUAUGUCUAUCCUGCCAAUUUCCUAUAAUUUGAAGGAACUCAUCUAGCUUCCUUUUGAAGGCACAUAGCACAUCCCCACAUGCUGUUUAUUUCUCCAGUCUAUUUGAGAUUUUUCUGACACUCUGCGAGAAGUACUGCAUCCUAUCAUUUAGACUAAUAUUUAUAAUGAAGCCUUCCUACUCAAUGUCUAUGCUCAGUUAGUUGUCUUCCUGUACAGAAUUGAUUUUGUCUGCCAUUUAAAGACUCCAAACUUAUAUCCUUAUGUCAGGAUGGUCAGCCCACUGAAAUUUAAUACUUUUGUGAAAGGUGCCAUCUUACAACAGGUUGAUCUGUUUUUUCCCAAUAUUCUUAUGUAGACUUGAUUUUUCCAGUUUGGCUGAAGUUCAUUGUUUGCACUUCCAUGCCUUUGAGUUUGAUGGCUGGAAUUUGAACUUCCAUUUUGGAGACUCGCAUGCAAAGUCUGGGCUAUCAUUCCAGUGCAGUUUUGAGGGCAUCCUGCACUGUAAGUGGUGUCGUGUUACAGAUGAGACGUUAAACUGUGGCCCUUGGGUGGACUACAUUGACUAAGAGCACAGUUGUUCAUCCUGGUUUUCUCACCAACUGAUGAGCAUAACUGCCUUCUAAGCUGUUGGCUCGAGUUCUGUUCCCAACUAUUGCAAGUUAUGAAUUUCAGAGUAGACUCAAUAGGCUGAAUGACCUACCUCUGCUUCUAUGUUUUGUGAUCAUUAAAUUAGAUUAUCUUGUCAGUACCAUGUUUUUUCUGAGGCCUUGCUGAGUGCAAAUUGGCUGCUGUGUUUCCAAUGUUAAAACAACGAUUACAAUUCGCAAAGUACUCACUCGACUCAAAAGCAGUCUAGGAUGUCCUGAGGCUGUGAAAGAUGUUCAAGAAAUAUGUGAAUUUUUAGCAUUAACAUGGAGAAUCAAAUUUUAAAAAGGUUUAAAAAGAUGUAUCAGAUAUUUGAAAUUUUAUUUCCCUCUUACUUCUGUUUAUAACAUAGCAUUUGGACUCUCAACCCCUUAAAAUGAUGGAAUGUACUAUUAUGCCUGAGAUUCCUAGACAACUAAAUCCCUAAUCACAAUCAUGUUUAUGUUGAAUGUGCCAGAAGGCAUUCUGCCUUUUUGGGGGAAUAGAGGUAGUCAUUAUUGAGCUGCUUGUGAGGACUGGAGAGACUGAGCUUCUGGGAAAGAUUAACUCAAAAAAGGAACGUUUUGAUCCUUCUAUAAAAAGUAAAAGUUGCCAUGUAGUUUCUGUAUUUAGAUAUAAUUAGAAAUCUGGAAAGCGUAGAAAAUCAGUAUUUUAAUACAAUACCCAUCUUUGUGGUAUAUGUUUUUAGUGGUCUAUAUUUUAAAUAGAAGUCAAAUAGACAAUUUUGCAAAUGCUAUUCUUAACGAGCCCUGAACUGCUUUAUGACUGGCGACAUCAACUGAACAAGGAAGUAUGUUGAUGAUUUUAUUACUCUUCUGUGGAGAAGAUAGAAAUAAGAGGGAAUACUUGCUUCAUCAAACCGGCAAUUUAUCAGAAUCAACUGUCUGUAAAGCUCUUAAAGAAUUCUAAUUGGUUGCUAAAAUUGGAAUCAGAUUCUCAAUCACAGAUCUACCCUGUCAGCAGUGGGGAAAAUGUUGAAUUUCUUGUACGUUUUCAUCAAGCGACCAUUGGGAUUAGAUGUUAUAAAUUUUUGUACAUGUUGCUUGAUUGGUAGGAAUGGAGUUUCUGCCUUUGCUAAUUAUAACAGAACAGUGGUUGUAUAUGAAAUGGCUAUGCAUCAUUUUUCACUGGGAUGUACAUUAUUGCUACAUCACUCAACACAAACUUUUGUUUUCCCUCAUUCUUUCCCCAGCCCUGUUUAUGUUCAUGGAUUAAAAUAAACGAAUUAAUAACUAUGGUAAAUAAAAUAAGUCAUAAAUAAAUCUUGAAAAUUUUGAAUAAAA